AUGAAGCAAUCAAGACAAUCUACCAAAGUCGCCUAUCAAGGCUUAAAGGAGUUUGUCAAAUUUGGAAAAUUCGUUGAGACAAAAGGUGUUCAAGCUACUAGUACUCUAAUUGCUAUGGUGGCAGAAGAACAUGUGGCACCAUCCAGUUCAAAUCUCGGUUUUUCUCUUGAAGUUUCUGAUAAUGAUGAUGUUGGUGAUGAUGAUUCUGAUGAUAAUGAUGAUGUGACUUUUUGUCUGUUCAUUCCACCGAAGGAGCCAGUCAAUGAAGCUGUGGAAGCUCUUAUUAAAGAAUUACAGUCAACUAUAAGGAAGCCUCCCCAAGCAGUUUUUGUUACUGUUGAAUCUCCAUAUGAGAGUGAUAAAGAUGAACCAAAUGUCUCCCUGGUGCCAAAGAAGCAAAGACAGAGAGAUCCAAGGCCGGGAGUGCUUGUCACUGAUCCAGUUCAUGAAGAUGUUCAAAGUCUUAUUGCUGAACUAGCCCAAGCUGAUCAGGAUGAACAAAGGCCAAUCUUUGAUGAGGACUUCUUGGUUAAUGAAGAAGUUUUUUCCUCAGGAAGUUCUUCUGCUCCACCACCUCCAGAGCACGAUGUUGUAUCUAUUAAGCUAGGAAAACUUCUUGCUUUUCAAGACUCUAUUCAUCACUCAAGAGGAAAGGGUAUAUAUAGUGGCUCAGAACAAGGAGGUGAUGAAGAUUCUCAACAGACCAUCUCUGAGCUUAGAUAA